AUGUACAAAUUAAGACCGAUGAUAAAAGAGCUUAAUAAAGUGUUUCAGCAUGAAAUGGAUAAUUCAAGUAAACAAUCAAUAGAUGAGUGCAUGGUGAAAUUUAAAGGAAGAUCGACUUUAAAGCAGUAUAUGCCGAAGAAGCCAAUCAAACGUGGUUUCAAGAUCUGGGCACGUUGCGAUUAUAAAACCGGCUACCUGUACCAGUUUGAAAUUUAUACAGGCAAAGGGGACGACAGUAUGGAAGACGAGGGACUGGAAUACAAUGUUAUAAAGCUAUCAACCGGCCUGCCUGAAAAUACUAUGCUAGCGUUUGACAACUUUUUCACCAGCUGCAACUUAAUGGACGCUUUGUACAAAAAAAAAUAUUUGCUGUUGGCACGGUUAGAGUAA